AUGUCUGAUCAAGUUGAAAAAGUUAAACAACAAAUUAAUCAAUCAAUUCCAAAAACCAAUAAAAAAUUUGAUUCAAAAUCAUUACAACAUUUAAAUCAAUAUUCAUUAGUUCAAUAUUUUUUAAAUUUAGUUUUACAAUUUUCAAUUGCUCAAGUUUUAUAUAAACAAUUAAUUUUACCAAUUUAUAAUUUUAUUAAUAUUAAUAUUAUUUCAAUUUCACCAAUUUAUGAUUUAUUUACUUUUACUGAUUCAAUUAUAAAUGAAAUUUUAAUUACUUUUGAUAAAUAUUUUAUUUCAUAUCCUCAAGAACAAGUUAAUUAUUUUACUAAAAAUGUUAUAAAACCAAUUAAUUCAAAAAUUAUUGAAGUUAAUAAUCAAUAUUUAACUCCAUUAGAAACUAAAACUGAAGAUGGUUUAUUUCAAAUUUUUUAUACUUUAAAAUCAAUUGCAUUAAAUAUUACUUCAACUACAAUUUCAAAAGGUGAUGAAAUUCAAAAAAAUAUUUCUUCAACUUUUAAUAAAGAAUAUUCUUCAACUCCAAAAGAUUCAAAUUUUAUUAAUAAAAACAUUACUGCUUCAGUAAAUACUUUUAAUAAAACUUAUAAUACUUUUAAUGAAGAAGUUUUAAUUCCAAUUAAACAACAAACUCAAGAAUUAUAUGCUAGUGGUUAUAAACGUGGAGAAAGUUUAAUUGCUGAUACAAAAGAAAAAAUUAAUCCAAAAAUAGAAGAAUAUAAAACAAAAGCUGAAUCAAUUAUAAAUAAUAAUACUCCAGUUCAAGUUUCUGGUUAA